UAUUUUAGAUACAAGAAAGGGAAAUGGCAGGAAAGUGGGGGUACAGGGAUGUUGUACCAAUAACAGCCAUGGUCGCAGUGGAAUGCUCUGAUGUAGUCUUAAGCAUUCUAUUCAAAGCUGCUUCUUUGAAAGGAAUGAGCUAUUUCGUCUACAUUGCCUAUUGUUAUGUUUUAGCUACCCUUGUUUUCGUCCCUUUAGCCUUCCUAUCAAACAGGAAAAAAUUGCUUAUUCCAUUGGAAUUCCCUCUUAUCUCCAGAAUUUGCCUUCUUGGGCUUCUUGGGUUUUCAGGUCAAGUAUGUGCUUAUAAAGGUUUAGAACUUGGGUCCCCAACUCUUGCUUCAGCCAUCAGCAAUCUUGCACCAGCUUUUACCUUCAUACUUGCUGUCCUCUUCAGGAUAGAAAAAGUAUCAUUUACAAGUUCAACAGCUCAAGCUAAAAUAAUUGGCACCCUAACUUCAAUAUCUGGUGCUUUGCUGAUCGUUCUCUACAAAGGCCCCAAAGUUAUUCCAUCUUCAACAUCUUCAUCUGUUUCACUUCAAUGGCCUCUUGAGUCAACUCAAUCAAAUUGGGUCAUUGGUGGUCUCCUUGAAGCUCUUGCAUAUCUUUUCUUUUCAUUCUGGUAUAUUGUUCAGUCCAAAGUAAUGAAGAUAUACCCAGAAGAGAUUACUGUGAAUGUGUAUUACAACAUGUCAGUGGCCAUUAUAGCUCUAGCAGCAUGCUUAAUAAAAGAACAGAACUUGAGUUCUUGGACAUUACAUCCUAGCAUAUCAGUUGUUUCGGUCCUAUACUCGGGACUUUUCGGGUUCCCAUUCAGCUCCGGUGUUCAUACAUGGGGCGUACGCGUGAAGGGGCCUGUUUUCGUUGCAAUUUUCCGACCAACUUCCAUUGUCAUUGCAGUUAUUAUGAGUGCCAUUUUCCUUGGUGAAGCAGUGUAUCUUGGAAGUGUCAUUGGAGGGGUGAUCUUAACUAUUGGUCUUUAUGCUGUACUAUGGGGAAAAGCAAAAGAAGAAGAAAUGAAAGAUGAUGGCUCUGGUUUAAGCACCAAAGCCCCUCUGCUGAAAUCCCAAAAUGUGGAAGAAAAUUAGAAUAAAUGUUCUCAAAAGAAAAAAGGUAGCUGGUUAAUGUAGUUCAAUGCUUCCAUAUUGGGAAGCAAAAUGUAGCUCAUCAAAUGAUAUAGUCUUUCAUUACCUAAAAAGGCUUAAUUUGCUGGAUCAGAUUUGAGAAUGAUGAUCAUCAUCACUUCUAUCACCAGAUUAUUUGAAUUUCAGGUUUUUGGCAA